ACAGAAUGAUUGACUCACUAUCAAACUAAAGUAACAGGUGUUCCAGGUGUACACGUGAGAGCAUCUCUGAACAUCAUCAGAAAACAUUUGGGUCUUUCAGGUUGUUCACACAAAUUACCAUGACGACCCCAUCAGCACGGAUCCGUAUCUACAGCGCCAUGAGCGUGGACGGGUACAUCGCCACGGAGGACGGAGGGGUCGCCUGGCUGGAACAGUUCAACACCGCGGACACGGGGUACGACGACUUCUUCAGAGAAAUCAGCACAGUGGUGAUGGGACGUACCACCUACGAGCAGGUUUGUGGAUUUGAUUGCCCAUGGCCGUAUGCUGGCAAGAAAACUGUCCUCCUCACCACCAAAAACCUCACCAACCUAACUACCGAACAGACUGCGUGCUAUUCCGGAGACGUACGCGACCUUGCAGACGACCUUCGCAAGACCACAACGGCAGGUGACAUCUGGUUGGUGGGAGGGCGGAUGGUUACGCAGGCGUUUCUGGACGCAAGGCUGGUUGACGAACUUGAACUGUACGUGAUGCCGGUGUUGUUGAACAGGGGAAUACGCAUGUUUGAACCGUCUGGAGGCACACCCAACGAUCUGACCAGUCUCAAACUGAAGGAGAGCAAAACAUUCCCCAAUGGUGUGGUCAAACUGGUAUACAACAAGGCAGACGUGUCUUGAAAUUAAUCUUGAUUAGGCCACACCAAUUUAAUUUCUUGGUUAACGGAUU